UCUUUUUUUUAUUAAUUUUCUCUCUUUCUGUUUGUGCUCGACUUUGUGUGUGUGUGUGUCUGUGUUAUUACUUUCCCCUUGUUUCUUGUACUACGAUGGUGCAUAACAAUGAUGUGGGGGAUGCCUCAAAAGAACCCCAAAUGACUGCCGCCGCAAUAACUGUGCAUUACUCGCUAAGUUUCAAAAAACUCUGUAUGGUGACUGUGGCUUGUCCAUUCUUCGCUUUAGUCAUCUGCUUCAUCACCGCUUACAUUUAUCAGUACGAUGAUAUCCAUGAAACUCACUGCUGUGUGUACAACAUUGUGCCAUCGAUUAGCGCCAUCACAGGAGUCAGUCCACAGAGGUAUCUGUGGAGGGCGAGUGUUGCAGUGCAUCUGGGACCCAGGUACAUCAUUGCGGCUGCUUACAGAGCCUACCAGGUGAACUGCAUCAAUGACAAGGCCUCGGCGAAGUUGCAAAAGCAAGCGCGGUUGUGGUUGGACGCGGCUUUCUGGUUGAACGUGGUGGAGGUGACCGCCUUGGGCGGCGUCACGUACAUCUCGAACGUGGAGAACUACCCCGUCCACGAGAAGCUCUUCAUCACGUUCAUGGUGACGAGUCUGCUGCAUAUGGUAGCAUGCAUCGAAUCGCUGAAAUCGAUAGCGGUGACCAACGAUAAUCUGGACAACGUCGAGAAGGAGUUGCGCUACAAGAAAACGCUCUUCGUCGUCUCGAUAGCCUUCACGGUCGGAAUGAUCGGCUUCUUCCUGAAACACAGGCUCCUCUGCCACGAAAUGGCUUUCAGCUGGUUCGCGAUUUGCGAGUACAUCGUCGCGACCGCGAACAUGGCCUUCCACUUGACACUAAUCUACAACUUCCCCACCGAACAUUUGGUGGUCGCGAAAGGGCUGGCAAUGAUACCGCAGCAGCUCAAAAACGAGAAAACGCAAUAAUGAAAACGAUCCUCGACGGCGACGCCGCCUUCUACUAUCCACUCCAAAAUCCUAGAGCGAGCGAGUGUGUGCGUGAGUGUGUAUAUAUAUACAGAGGAAAAAAACAAAUUAUAUAUAUAUAUACUAGUCAAUUUUUGCCAUCCCGAUUUCAAUAAUAUUUCAUAAGGCUCAAAACGAGUGGGCCGCGAGUCCAAGCAAAGUGCUAUAUAAUAUAUAUAUAUAUAUAUAUCUUUACAUUAUUAACAAAAGAACAAACAAACCAAA